CGGGGGGGGGGGUGUGUGGGAACGGUGGGAGCGCGGCUAACGAGGGGGCGAUGCUAGCCUCUUUGGCGUCGCGCCCGCCGCCGCCGGGGCUGGCGCGGCUCCUCCGGGCGCGGCCGUCGCCUUCACGACCGGCCUACGGGGCUCCGGCAGCAGCUGAGGGGGCCGGGACCGCCGGGCCGCCGUUGCUACCGGCUUCGGCCGCCAGGGGGCGCCGCGAACACGCCGCGAGCGCGGGGCUGCCAUGGCGGGGGGCGGCCUGGGGGGGGCAGCGGCGGGGCCCGGGGGGCACCCCCUCGGCAACGGGGGGCUCCCCCCUAGCGAUGGGCCCGGGCCCGGGGGGGACCCCCUUAGCAAUGGGGCCCAGCCCAACGGGGACCCCCUUAGCAAUGGGGCUGGGCUCUGGGGGUACCCCCCUAGCAGUGGGGUCAGGCCCAAAGGGGACCCCCGUAGUGAUUGGGCCAGGCUCUGGGGGCUCCCCCCUAGCAUUGGGGCCGGCCCUGGGGGGCUCCCCCCUAGCAGCAGAGUCAGGUCCAGGGCACCCCCCUGUAGAUAUGGGGCCAGGCCCAAAGGGGACCCCCACAGCAGAGGUGCCGAGGCUACAGGACCGAGGCCUGGCCCUCCUGCGGACCCCCAGCCCACGCACCACCGGCCUGGCUGGAGCAGGCUCCCCUGUGCCGGGGCCGUCCGGCCUCACGACGCCCCUCGGAGAGCCGGCGCCGUGGCCCUUGGGUGCUGAGCAGCGCUGUCGUGGCGGAGGAGACCCCGGUGGGCGUCGGAGCGGAGACGGGAGCUGCCCCCCGGGAGCUGCGCUGCCUGCCCUCGUCGCUGCGCUGGCGUACUGCUUCAUCAGGGACCGCCUGUCCAAGGAAGAUGCUCUGCUGGAAGCUGCGAGGAUGAACAACGUUUCGGAAGUCAACAGGUUGUUGCUGGAAGGCGCAGACGUGAACGCGAGGCACAAGCUUGGCUGGACCGCUCUCAUGGUGGCAGCGAUCAGCAGAAACUCCAGCGUGGUGAAGAUCCUGCUCGCCGCUAACGCAGACCCAAACCUUGGAGAUGAUUUCAGCAGCGUGUAUGAGACUGCCAAGGAAAAAGGCCUCCAUUCUUUAGAAGUCCUUGUAACCCGGGAGGACGACUUCAACAACCGCUUGAACAUCCGAGCCAAUUUCAAGGGCUGCACAGCUCUACACUAUGCCGUGCUGGCUGAUGACUACCUGACGGUCAAAUUGCUGCUGGAUGGAGGUGCCAACCCCCUGCAGAAGAACGAAAUGGGACACACGCCCCUGGAUUACGCCCGCGAAGGGGAGGUCAUGAGCCUUCUGAAAGCGUCGGAGACGAAGUUCCAGGAGGAGCAGCGCAGGAGGGAGGUGGAGGAACGCCGGAGGUUUCCGCUGGAGCAACGCCUGAAAGAGCACAUCAUCGGUCAGGAGAGCGCGAUAGCGACGGUGGGCGCAGCUAUUCGGAGGAAGGAAAAUGGCUGGUAUGACGAGGAGCACCCACUGGUCUUUCUUUUCUUGGGAUCGUCUGGAAUAGGUAAAACGGAGCUGGCCAAGCAGACGGCCAAGUACAUCCAUAAGGACGUCAAAAAGGGUUUCAUCAGACUGGACAUGUCAGAGUUCCAGGAGCGGCACGAGGUCGCCAAGUUUAUCGGCUCCCCGCCGGGCUACGUGGGCCACGAAGAGGGCGGGCAGCUCACCAAAAAGCUGAGGCAGUGCCCUAAUGCUGUGGUGCUCUUCGACGAGGUCGACAAAGCCCACCCAGAUGUCCUCACCAUCAUGCUGCAGCUGUUCGAUGAGGGCAGGCUGACGGACGGGAAGGGGAAAACCAUCGACUGCAAGGAUGCCAUCUUUAUCAUGACCUCCAACGUGGCAAGCGACGAGAUCGCCCAGCACGCUCUGCAGCUCCGACAAGAGGCCAUGGAGAUGAGCAAGAAAAGGAUCGCGGAAAACUUAGAGGAUGUCCAGAUGACCGACAAGAUAACCAUCUCCAAGCAGUUCAAGGAAAAGGUUAUUCGCCCCAUCUUGAAGGCCCACUUCAGACGAGACGAGUUCCUGGGGAGGAUCAAUGAGAUCGUCUAUUUUCUCCCUUUUUGCCACUCGGAGCUCAUCCAGCUUGUCAACAAGGAGCUGAAUUUUUGGGCCAAAAAGGCCAAGGCGAGGCACAACAUCACCCUGCUCUGGGACAGGGAGGUCAUGGACGUGCUGGCUGAUGGCUACAACUUGCACUACGGUGCCCGCUCGAUCAAACACGAGGUCGAGCGGCGCGUUGUGAACCAGCUGGCAGCUGCCUACGAGCAGGACCUGCUGCCGAGGGGCUGCACCCUGAGGAUCACGGUGGAAGACUCGGACAAGCAACUGUUGAAAACCAAGGAGAGCUCUUCCCCUGGAGCGGAGAAAACAAAGACGCCGACCCUGCGGUUGGAGAUAGUGGAGAAAGACAGCAAAUCCCGAAAACUGGACAUCCAAGCGCCUCUGAACCCAGAAAACAUCGCUUACUUCUUGUAGGCAGCGAGGAGCACUGCCGGAGCACGCUCUGCCCCAGCGGCUGCCUGCGCGACGCCGCAGGCAGCGGCGCUUGGCAAUAAAAUACCGUGAGACUCGGAGUGUGCGAUGUGGCCACGUCGGUGAGGGCGGGCAGCAGGCGGGACGGGGGGGAGCAAAACCCUGCUCCUGCCGCCUCCGCUGCAGCCGCGGCCGGGCACGGGCGGGCAGGGGCUGCCCCAUCAGCCCACGGCUGCUGGCUCUGGGGUGGGCGCGGGGGGGGUCCGGAGCCGGGGCGCUGCACGGCGAGGUGCCGCGCUGCCGUUUGGGGAUGUACAGGUGGAGGGGAGCGGGGUUUCGCUUGGCACGAGGGCUUUUUGAGAAAGGGGAAAGCAGAUUUCAGACCGUACGGGAGCUGGGGUGUCCGGCGCGGGUAGGAUUUGUCCUUCCCUCCGGAGGAGGCUCGCUGCCCAGGCUGGGUUUACUGGGUUGGGCUGCGGCUGGAAGGUGGUGGGACAGGACCGAGAGUGUGACAGCUUGAUUUUAAAAACCACCAGGCAUUCUGCCUCUGUAUUUUGCCCGCUUUUCUCUAUUUAUUGCAAUAAACACGGUGUGCACAUA